AUGCCGGCACAUCGAACCCGCCUGGCUUUCGAGCCCCUAUCGCCUCUUCUCGACAUUCGUGAGGUUGUUGAAUCUACCCCUAAUUUCGAGUUUGCGAUGAAUAUUACCUGUGACUCUAUCGAUGAAUUUCCGCUCGCAGACUUUGAGAAGCUUGUCCUGUUCCAAGUUGUCCUGAGCGGAAAACCACUGGUCAUCAGAGGAUUUGAUAAACAUCUUGAUAAGCAGAUUUUCUCAGAAAAAUGGCUCCGAGAAAAAUAUGCGAAGAAAGUUGAGGAGGUUCGAGAUCUGGUAAAAAAGAGGACCCAGAACUUCAGUAUGGGCCAUUACCUUGAAAACCUACCACUUCUCACGCGGCAGAUAACUGUCCACAACUACGCAGACAAAGUAGUCCAACGGCUCUACCUCAAGGACAUCGACUGCCCUCCUGAGUGGCACGCUUACCUUGAGAAACUGUUACCUCCUUCAUUGUUUUACCUCAACGAAGCACCCAAAGCCUUUGAAGGCCCUGCGUCGGGAAAGACGAAUCUGGCUGAAAUCCCUAGGACCCCCCAAGGCGACCUCAUCGCCCCAGCGGGCGAUUUGAUGAGCAGUCUGCCCCCAAACAUGCGUGCGGAGAACCUGAUGUGCUACAUUGGCCAUGAGGGUACUUACACACCAGCACACCAGGAGAUGUGUGCCAGUCUCGGUCACAAUAUAAUGGUCGACGCGUCCGACGGGUCUCCAGAAUACGGCAAGCCAACGGAACCGGGUUCUUCAAUAUGGCUCAUGACAGAGACCAAAGAUCGGCGGAUUGUUUCCGAAUACUGGAUGUCUGUUCUAGGGCACGAUAUUGACAUCGAGGAUUUCUUUGCUCCUUUGCAUGCAUGGAAGAUUGCACCAUUCAAGACCUGGGUGGUGGAACAAAAACCCGGGGAUCUUAUUCUUGUACCUCCUCUCGCUGCACACCAGGUUUGGAACCGUGGCACUCGGACAAUGAAAGUUGCCUGGAAUCGCACUAUCGUUGACACCCUCGAGCUGGCUCUGCGUGAAGCUUUACCGCAUGCGCGGAUGGUCUGCCGCGAUGAGCAAUAUAAGAAUAAAGCCAUUGUUUACUUCACUCUCGAACGAUAUUCCAAACUGUUGCGGCAGGCAAAAAAUAUCGACCACCCGGUGGUGAUUCAACUGUGGGACGACUUUAAGCGGCUAUUCAGCAUGUACAAGAAUAUUUUGUUGUCUGAGUCAUUCUCACAAAAAAACCCAGAGAAGAAUGUCGAGUACCACGAGUUUCAAAGCAAUGUCACCUGCUCAUUCUGCCGGUGCAAUAUAUUUAACAGGUUUCUUACCUGUUCUGGCUGUGCCUACGCUCUCGGCGGCGAAGAAGAUCCUUAUGAUGUCUGCAUGGAUUGCUACGUUAUGGGUAGAAGCUGUGGCUGUGUUUCGAACCUUCAGUGGAUGGAACAAUUUACAUGGAAGCACUUGACCGAGCGUUAUGAAACAUGGCGACGGUUGAUAUUUUCCUCUGAUGAGAACAACAAGGAUUUCAAGGUUCAGUUUCCCACUUUCCUUGUCGCCCGAGGUCAGGCAGGCAAAAAGUCUGUGGCGGAGAUCUGCCAGGAGCAACUGGUGCGCCGCCCUUGGAAUGACCCUAAAAAGCCCAACCCCGUGGCAAAAAUCACAAAAGACGCUGAUAGUGAAGACGAAAAUCGAUCUAAAAAGCGCCGCAAAUUGCGGCAGUCUCUCCUGGCAAAAUCAAAUGACGUCGGCCGCUGUCACGUUUGUCUUCAUUUUGAAGUUAGCUGGAAACUCGCUCCAUGCUCAAACUGUGACCAGCGUUACUGUUACGGCAGUUUGUUCCGCGCGUUUGAAAUCUCCCCACAGGAGGCGAUGGAAAAACAUCACUGGCUCUGUCCAAAAUGUCGUAAAGAAUGCAGUUGCGCUGCUUGCCAGCGUGACCCUUCGAUGAAACCGUAUGAGCCUAACUGUACCAUUCUGGGCCAUGACACUAGUAAGGUUGCCGAUCCCCGCAGUAUCGAGACCUUGGUGGAUUUCCGGAAAUCGAAUCUUUGGUGGUUGAAGAAAUUUGGUGAUGAUGUUCAUGGACGCAUCCAAAAACGCCAGAAGGAAGCUGAGGAAGCCGAACUGGAACGACAUAAGACCCUCGAGGACCAGGGCUUCAGCUUCGAGUCCAGCCCAUUCGACCAGCCGGUACCGAAUGGGGACGGAAACGAUGAGAACGAGGACGAUGAGAAUCUACUGGUCCUUUAUGAGGACUACGGGGGAAUCCCCGUUGACCCAUCGUUGGUGAUCCAGGACUCUGUUGAGACCGUAAGCACUUGA